CUAUUGGUCCGUGACCCACCAGUUCAUAAUUGAAUCAACACAAGUCAUAGUAAGCGUAUAAGGUGAGAAUACACUGCAAAAAAAAGUUGUAAUACAAAAGAAUAAGGUCAUAUUUGGUUAAAAGUUUUAUUAUUUCAGGAUAAAAACAUAAUUUCUUUCAGGAAAAAAAAAGUGGUAAUAUUGCAUAAAUAAUGUUGUUAGUUUUAGUUAUAUUGUAAAACUCACAAACUUGCUUGGACUGAUGUACUGUAUGAAGAAUCCAUACGAGUACAAACACUAUGGAUGACUCGUAGACGGAUCGGCACUUGUACAUCCGGUUUAGAGCACUAAACAUUCGUCCCGCAGCACCUGCAGUAAUCAAACUCGUCCAAAAGAUGGCGCCACAGUACAAACAAUACCACACCUUUUCAAUGUCUCUGCUUGUGUUUAAUGAAAACAAUUUUUUGAACACGACACAUUAUGGCCGUUGGCAAAGAAAAAUCCACAAAUUAGCUGCACCGGUUUAUACGCCGCAGGGUUCAAAGUGUAGGAAAAAAGUAGUGUCUUAUAGUCUGUAAUUCUGCAGUUUCUUCCAAGGUUUUUCGUUAUUCCCAUUGGGUUGAGUUUUUUCUUGUGGGAUCUAAGCCAAUGAUGUCGUUGUGGCUUGUGCAGCCCUUAGAGACAUUUGUGAUUAAGGGCUAUAUAAGUAAACAUUGAUUGAUUGAUGUUCCGGUCUCUCAUAAGGAUUGUGAAUUAUAAGCAACAUUCCAAAAACAGUGCCCCUUAAAUGUAACAUGUAAAGCAUGUACGAGUUAAAUAAAACCAUUGCCGAGUUGGAAAUGUACUUGGCAGCAGAAACACAAAUCAUGUUAUGUUAUGUACUUAGAUGGAUCAGAUUCAGGUCAUUAUGGACCAGUAAGCAGAACACACACACACACACACACACACACACACACACACACACACACACACACACACACACACACACACACACACACACACACACACACACACACACACACACACACACAUUCUUGUAUUUGUUACCUUCUUGAGACCUUCGAAAAAUGCCCACCUCUUUAGGACCACCCUUUCUAGAUAUGUAAAGAUUUGUAUUUACAACAUUAAUGAUAUAUACAUACUAUGCAAAUAUAAAAAAGAUAAGCUUUUAGUAUUUUUUUACAUUUGUAUUUUUUUUGUAAUUUUUUUUUUAAUCUUCAUUAUUUACAAUUUAUUACAGUAUGUCUCUAUAUACAUAUUUAUUUAAUUUAUUUUUAAUACAUUUUGGCCAAAGGAGGCACUUCAAAUUUUUACAGACACUUGUUAUUUCAUAUGUUGACCAGAGGGGGAGUACUUUUAAAAACGACACACAGUCAAUUUGAAAAAACCCUCCUUUUUGGCACCACCCUCAUUUUGAUAGAUUUCCCCACCAGGGGUGCAAAUGAGAUCUAAAUUUUUUGUUUUUUGUAAUGUGCUUAAGGCCGAUGACAAAUGAGUCACGGACCACAGAUGGACCCUGUGCCGAACUUUGGGCAACCCAGCUGUAGAAGCUAACUGUUAAGGGCCACUAUAGUCUUAGUACCAUAGGGUAUGUGUUCAUCCUAUGGUCACAUAUGGGACACAGGUUGUUUUACGUCAGCACCGGAAGUCGUAAACUCAGAUGGCAGGUUUUUUCGAGGAUGAAUAGGCAAGUCCUUCUUUUGUCUUGUUUUAUCAUAUAUUGCUGCCUUUGCACCUGUCACUUUACUUUUGUAUGCACAUUAAAUCAACAAAAAAAUCCUGACUUUGGAGCAAUGUUCACGGACUCUAGUAUUUGGGUCUCUAUUAGGCCCUGUCAGAGGUCCCCUAAAGGUGACUGUGUAAACAGAGCGAUGUCCCCAUUAAGUAAGCAUUGCCAGAACACACACACACACACACACGCACACACACACGCACACACACACACACACACACACACACACACAUACAAAAAUGUACACACUGAGCGGUCUCCUCUGGUUAUCUUCUCCUGGAAAGACUUGGGAGUCCUCCUUCUUCUUCUCUCUCUCCCCACCCUUACAACUCCUUCCACCCGCCUCCCUGCCUCCGUUACAACCUCCAUCCUCUUUUUCUGUUCUCCCUCGGUUGGCCGAGCCCACACCGACACGAUCCUCGCACGCGAGCGACGCUCUCACUUGCGCCUACUUGGACGGAAGAGGAAGUAGGCCACGUUAAUGGGGGAUGUGUUCUGAUCUGCGCUGUUAGUGGACUGUAACUUGGGACCACUUCCUCUCGACAGAUGUUGGAGCCAAAGAUGGAUGCGCCCCCUUGUGAGUUGGGUGGAGUCGGGGCGGACCGAGAAGGCGUUUGCCUCCACCGACCACCACGGGGCUCCGAAGGCGAGGACAGCAGCCUGUACCCGUCCAGUCCCUCGGAACCCUUGACCCUGAGCAGCUCUCACCCCUCGGAGCCGCUCACCCCUCUGCAUGAGGUGUACUUGCCCCUCGGUAGCCUGGGGGGGUCCGAGGAGCGGCAUAAGGUGCCGCCCACGCCGCCGCCCUCCACCGAGGGCGAGGACUGGAAAAGCAUGGAGGGACAUGAGAUGGAGAUCUGGAGAGAGGACAGGCGAGAGUAUGAGGAAGAGGACGGCAUGAGCAGGAAGAGUGAGCUGGAAGAAGACGAGGUCAACUUCGUGGUGUCCGUCCCAGAUGAGGACAACGCCUCCGAACCGCCGGACACCAACGCCCCGCCUUCGUCCUCCUCGUCGUCAUUCGUCAUCCCCGAGCUGCGUCUGGACCGCUCCUUCAGCGCCGACGCCCUCUCCUCCACCAACACGGACGAGGAGGAGUACGACGACGAGGACGAGGAGGACUCCGAGGAGGAGGACGAGGAGGACGACGAGGAAGAGGACGACAGCGACGACGCCUACCUGGAGCGCAGCGACAGCAAGCGGCGCUCCAUGGUGGAGGGCGCCACCUGCGAGAAGCACGGCGGCGGCGGCGGCGGCCUGAGCGUGCAGAACUCCCUGCGCCGGCGCACCCACAGCGAGGGCAGCCUGCUGCAGGACCCCCGCACGCCGUGUUUCACCUCGGACAACGCCAUCAACUGCCUGGAGGUGGGCGGGGCGCGACACAAGGGCGGCUGGACGCUUCCCUCGCCCAAGACCCUGAAGAAGGAGCUGACCAAGAAUGGCGGCUCGAUGCAUCAGCUGUGUAUGCUCUUCUCUGGCAGGAAGCUCAGCUCCGGAUCCCCCUGCAGCUGCGAGGUCGGCCCAGACGACGCAAAGAAGAAGAAGUCCAAGAACCUGGCCAAAGACAUGAAGAACCGCUUGGCUUUCCUGCGGCGGAGGAACGAAUCGCCGGGAAGCAACCCAGCCGGAAAGUUGGACAAAACCAUGAAGUCAGUCAAGCCCACGCCGGAGGAGGCGCUCAAGUGGGGGGAUUCACUGGACAAGCUGCUGGGACACAAGUAUGGUCUGGCAGCCUUCAGAGCUUUCCUGCGCACCGAGUUCAGCGAGGAGAAUCUGGAAUUUUGGCUGGCGUGUGAGGAGUACAAGAAGAUCAAGUCGCAGUCCAAGAUGGGCUCCAAAGCCAAGAAGAUAUUUGCGGAAUACAUCGCGAUACAGUCUUGUAAAGAGGUGAACCUGGACUCCUACACCCGGGACCACACCAAGGACAACCUGCAGAAUGUGACGCGCUCCUGCUUCGACCUGGCCCAGAGGCGGAUAUACGGGCUGAUGGAGAAGGACUCGUACCCUCGCUUCCUGCGCUCGGAACUCUACCUGGACUUGAUCAACCAAAAAAAGGCCAGCUCCACUUCGACGUCCUCUUCGUCAUAAGAGGCAAAAAAAAACAAAAAACCAUCACCCGGGGGGAAUUUCUCGUUUUGUCAUUUUUGUUGUGAGAGGACGCGGCGAAGGAUUGUAUUUUCCUCCACAAAAAAACAAAACUAAUAGAAGGCUGGAUGCUUGUCUCAUCACUGUCUUUUUUUUUUUUUUGUCCAGUUGUACUGGAGACAAUGAACAGUCCGGUACUGUUUGUCUUUAUUUUCUACUCAGAAAUGAAACCACUCGCGUGAACUGUUGUCGGUACGACAAAAAAAAAAAAAAUCCUCAUUUCCUGUGGCACGGACGACAUUGUAGCUGCGAGACUUCUGACGAAGAAUGCGCACGGAUGGACUUAUUUAAAAGACUUCAAUUGUGCACACAGCCAAAAAAGAAAAUGUUCUUUUAAGAAACAUAAGGAGGAGGCAUUCUCAGGACGUGACGGAUUCCGGGCUUCGGUUUUUCUUCUUGCACUCCGUACUUCUUAUACUGAGCAAUACACGAAAAACAGCAAAAAGCGCAAAAACAAGAAAAAGUCACUUGCCGGAUGCUUCUUCAGACGACCUCCUAAAAGCACUCAGCUCUUAAACCACCAAACAGGUCCAACGCUGUCCUGAAUUUUAAGUGCAAUAUUUUUUUCAUGUUCUAUUAUUAUUUGUUCAUGUAUUUGAAUAAUGUAGACUUCUGCGGGGCUUUUGCUCCGUGUUAACUUUAUUUGAUAAGAGAGAAGAAGAAACUUAGAGCUAUAAGUUUGACUAAACUCUGGUGUAGUUUUAAGCAAGUAUGUGUUCGCCAGCCCCUGGCAGCAGGCAGCCGGGAAUGGUUGUAUAUAUAUAUAUCAUUCUUUUAAGAAAAAAAUAUGUGAUAACACAUUUUUGGAAAAAAAACAAAACCACAGUAUGUUUCCACUGGCUGUGAAAGUGGGAUUCAGCUGUAAUUAUGUACAUAGAAGAGACUCCAAACUAUUAUAAGGUGUUAUGUUGAGGAAACUAGAGCGACCUUCCCUUCCCAGUUAUACGUACAAAUACAUAAACUGCUUGUAAGGAGUUGUUUUUUCUUCAUUUGAUCAUUUUCACGGUUCACAAGUCAACAUGCAUCUUCUAGCAAAGUGAAAACAAUAGGUUGCAUCUGGUGUCAAAUGCUAACGAAAAAUAAAACAAUCAGCUGAACAAGUC